ACAUUCCAAGUUGAAUGAGGUGUUGGGUUGAUUGGCUAUUAUUGGGUAUAAAAUUAAAUAAAAUAACAUUUUCAUUGCUAUGGAUUUUGAUGAUGUACUUAAGGAUGUCGGUUCCUUUGGUCCCUAUCAAAAAAUUAUAAUUUGUUUUGUUCUAUUGCCGGCCGCUCUUCCGUGCGCCUUUCAUGCGUAUAGUCAACUCUUUAUAGCAGCAACACCACGUCAUUGGUGCCGGAUACCCGAAUUGGAACCAUGGCUUCGUGACUAUAUGGAUUUAGUAUUAAAUCUCAGCAUUCCCAUAAUCAGUGAACAGCAACAAUUUUUGGAUUACGCGUCCUGUGAAAUGUACAAACGUAACUAUUCGGACAUUGUACGUUAUUUGGAAUAUCGCACACCCUAUGAGUUGCAGAACGACAAGGUGUGGCAUAUCGGUAGUCCGAAAAAGUCCGAGACGGAGAAAUGUCAACAUGGUUGGCAUUACGAUCGUUCUCAGUAUCCUAGUACUGUAGUGGCGGAGUGGAAUUUGGUGUGUGAACAAAACUAUUUGGUUACCUUGGCCUUGGUAGUGUUCGGAGUGGGUGGCUUGAUUGGUAAUUACAUAUUUGGUUACUUGCAAGACAUGUGGGGAAGGCGUCCGAGUUUUUACGCCUAUCUGUUGUUGGAGGUAGUUGCCUGUGCCGCUAGCGCCUUUGCCUGGGACUUUAACUCGUGGUUAGGCUUACGUUUCGUGGUUGGUCUUACAGUGCCUGCGAUUUUAGCUAGCCCUUACGUGUUAGCAAUUGAAAUGGUCGAUCCCGAGAAAAGAGUCUUUUGCACUAUAGUCAGCAAUAUCGCUUAUUCGUGCGGACUGGUUUUACUAGCUGGCGUCGUGUAUCUUAUACGUGAUUGGCGUUAUUUAUCUUUGGCAGUCUCUUUACCUUUAUUAUUAUUAUUUUCCUGUUUUUUUGUCCUACCGGAAUCACCACGUUGGCUGCUGGCCGUUAAUCAACCUGAAAGAGCUGCUAAAAUUUUAAAAUCCAUGGCUCGAGUUAAUGGCGUUCCGUUACCUAGCAAUUUCGCCAACACUUUGGCUGAACGUUUCCAAAAAUCGCAAUCGAUAAAAAGCGCAGAUUCCUCAUCAUCCACAUUUGGACUUUUGGAUUUAUUUCGAACCAAGAAUAUGCGGCAUAAAACUUUGAUCAUCACGUUGAUAUGGUUUGCCAACACCAGUGUAUACGUUGGUCUCAGUUAUUAUGCUCCCGCUUUAGGAGGUGAUGAGAUAUGGAACUUCUUCCUCGCUGGCGUUGUGGAACUGCCCACAUAUCUUUUACUAUGGCCGGGCUUAAGCUAUUUUGGCCGCCGCUGGAUUUUAUGCAUUUCUAUGUUAAUGGGUGGCGUGGCAUGUGUGGCCACGUUCCUCUACAGCCAAGAGGCGAAUGUAAUGUUGAUUCUUUACUGUAUCGGUAAAAUGGGUAUAUCAUCAGCUUUUGUCGUCUUACCUUUAUUAGCCUCAGAAAUUUAUCCUACCGUGGUAAGAGGUUUGGGUAUGAGUUUCAGCUCCGUUAUUGCUAUGAUUGGACCAAUAAUUAUUCCCAUUAUAAAUCAUAUGGGACAACAGAUGUUGGUAUUGCCUUUAAUUGUAAUGGGUGUGUUGUUGAUAGUAGGCGGUCUGGCCAGUCUGUUUUUACCAGAAACUAAGGGGAAAAACUUGCCGCAAACCAUAGCCGAAGGUGAAGCUGUACCCUUACGCUGUUUUUUUAAUAGCAACUGCUGCGAAAGUAAAGGGAAAAGUACAAAACUUCAACUCCAUAGGAAUUCAGUGCCGCAAAUAGUUAUUUGCAGUAUUUGUAAAGCAGAAAUAAAGAAUAGAAAAUAAAAAAAGAGAUA